UGCUUUCAGUCUUCAUUGCAUUCUUUGUUCUCGAUCUCCUGCUGGUCUGUGACGCUGUGGGCUCAGGAAAGAAACGGGAAAUUUCACCUUCCACCUGAAUCGCUCCAGUCCAGGUGACAAACCUGGCAGCAAAGCCCUGUCCGGAAUCUGAAGAUUUGGCAUCACUGAAUCAGGGAGAGACUCCAGGAGUGUUGUGUAACAUCCAGCCCUCGUGAGGAUGCUUUUGUAGUGUGCAGCAUUCUGUAAAGACGGAUGGUUGCUGAAGUUCGUCCAUCAAUGUGACAACACUGGCAGCGUACCCCUGUCUGGAAUCUGAAGAUUUGGCAUCACUGAAUCAAGGAGAGACUCCAGGAGUGUUGUGUAACGUCCAGCCCUGAUGAUUAUGCUUUAGUAGUGUGCAGCAUUCUGUUAAGAUGGAUGGUUACAGAACAUAAGUCUGCAAUCGACAAAAUCACUUUAGAAACAUGGACACAAAAGGACCUGAGCUGAUUUGUCACUCAAGGGUGCACACGGAUGAGAAACCAUUCGUUUUUGCAACCUGUGGUAAAGCCUUUACUACAGAAAGUGAUCUUCAACAACACAAGGUAAACACUGGUGAGAAACCAUUUGUUUGUGCAAGCUGUGGUAAAUCCUAUACAACAGAAGGAAGUCUGCGACGACAUUACAGGAUUCACACCGGUGAAGAACUAAAUGUACUUGUUUGCGAGACCUGUGGUAAAACCUUUACUCAGCGAGAUCAUCUGCUUCAACAUGACAGGAUUCACACGGGUGAGAAACCAUUCGUUUGUGCAACCUGUGGUAAAGCCUAUACAACAGAAGGAAGUCUGCGACGACAUAACAGGAUUCACACCGGUGAAGAUCUACGUGUAUUUGUUUGUGCAACCUGUGGUAAAACCUUUACUCGGCGAUAUCAACUGCUUCAACAUGACAGGAUUCACACGGGUGACAAACCAUUCGUUUGCAUAACCUGCGGUAAAGCUUUUAUUCACAAAUGUGAUCUAUGUGCACAUGAAAGGAUACACACUGGUGAAAAACCAUUUGUUUGUGUAACAUGUGGUAAAGCCUUUACUCGGCAAAGUCAUCUGUACCAACAUCACAGGAUUCACACCGGUGAAAAACUAUUCGCUUGUGCAACCUGUGGUAAAACCUUUACCCUCCGAAGUAAUUUGCACCAACAUGACAAAAUUCACACGGGCGAGAAAUCUUUCAUUUGUGCAACCUGUGGUAAAGCUUUUAUUCGGAAAUGUGAUCUAUUUUCACAUGAAAGGAUACACUCGGGCAAGAAACCAUUCGCUUGUGCAACCUGUGGUAAAACCUUUACUUGUCAAAGUUAUCUACGACAACAUAACAAGAUACACACUGGUGAAAAACCAUUCGCUUGUGCAACCUGUGGUAAAGCCUUUACUCAGCGAAUUCAACUGCAACGACAUGACAGGAUUCACACCGGCGAAAAACCAUUCAUUUGUGCAACCUGUGGUAAAACCUUUACCCGGCAAGCUGAUCUACACAAACAUUACAGGGAGCACAUUGGUGAAAAACCAUUCGCUUGUGCAACCUGUGGUAAAACCUUUACUUGUCAAAAAUAUCUAAGACAACAUGACAAGAUACACACUGGUGAAAAACCAUUUGUUUGCGCAACCUGUGGUAAAGCCUUUGCUCAGCAAAGUCAUCUGCAACGACAUGACAGGAUUCACACGGGUGAGAAACCAUUCGUUUGUGCAACCUGUGGUAAAGCCUUUGCUUGUUCAAGUGAUCUAAGAAAACAUGAAAUGAUACACACUGGUGAAAAACCAUACGUUUGCGUAACAUGUGGUAGAGCCUUUACUCGGCAAAGUCAUCUGUACCAACAUCACAUGAUACACACGGGUGAUAAACCAUUUGUUUGUGAGACCUGUGGUAAAGCCUUUUAUUCACAGGGUAAUCUAUGCCAACAUAAAAGGUUGCACACUGGUGAGAAACCAUUCGUUUGUUCAACCUGUGGUAAAGCCUUUACUCAGCGAAUUCAACUGCAACAACAUGACAGGAUUCACACGCGCGAGAAACUUGUUGCUUGAGCAACCUGUGGUAAAGCCUUUACCUGGCAAAGUGAUCUUUGUGCACAUGAACGAAUACACACGGGAGAGAAACCAUUCGUUUUUGCAACCUGUGGUAAAACUUUUACUCAGCGAACUCAUAAAUACAGACAUUACAGGAUUCAUGUGAGCAAGAAACUGUUUGUGUGUGCAACCUGCGGCAAAACCUUUACUCAGCAAACUGGUCUAUACUGACAUGAGAGGGUUCAUACUGGUGAGAAACCAUUCGUUUGUGAGACCUGUGGUAAAGCUUUUACCUGGCAAACCGGUCUUAACAAACACUGCAGGGUUCAUACUGGCAAGAAACCAUUUGUUUAGUCAGACCAGUGGUGAAGCUUUCCCCCAGCAAGUCAUAUCAAGACCUACAUUGUACAUGUAUAGGCAGGUCACUGACAAUGAACCAUUGGAAAACAAUACAUGUACAUUGUAACACUAAUGGGUAGCAAACCCAGUGUAAUAGUAAAAGAUUCUUCAGGUUACUGUUCAACAUGUGCACCUCAGACUGUAAAGUUUAUCUGGUAGACUCUCCAGUGACACUCCAGCAGUUGUGUCCCCAGGUGACAACACUGACAGCGAAGCCCUGUCUGGAAUCUGAAGGUUUGGCAUCACUGGAGCAAGGAAAGACUCCAGGAGUGUUGUGUAACAUCCAGCCUCGGUGAGGAUGCUUUCAUAGUGUGCAGCAUUCUGUAAAAACGGAUGGUUACAGAACAUAAGUCUGCCAUCAACAUUUAUAAGCACUUCAGAAAAAUGGACACAAGAGGACCUCAGUUCAUUUGUCACCUGAGGGUGCACAUGGAUCAGAAACCUUUCAUUUGUGAAACCUUUGGUGAAGCCUUUACCACACAAAGGGAUCUUCAACCACACAAGAUUCACACUGAUGA